AUGCGAUUUCUGGUGAGUUUUCUUCUUUUUCUAAAUUUUCCGUGCGAAAAUCAAUAUUUUCAGCUUUUUCUGAUUUUCACCGGAAUUUUUGUUGUGCUCGCCGAUGAGCAUCCUAGAUACACAGCCGCCAAAUUGACGGAUCAAUUGAAGAAUAUUUUGGAGAGCGGUGGAAAUGCCGAAGUCUCGCAAUUGUUUACUGAUGAUGUGAUUGUUGAAGAGUGUGGAGAGGCUGGAAGUUUGGGUAAGGGAGAUUUAAGGUCAAUUUUAAGGAAGUCCCUAUUUUGAAAACAUUGAGGGAGCUGAAAUUUUGUUGAAAAUUCGAAAAUUAUAUCCAAAAAUCCAGAAAAAAAUGUCUCACAGGCCUAAAAUUGGUCUACCUUUUUGCACAGCCUAAAAUGAGCCUAGGUAGAUAUUGAGAGGCCUGAAAUUUUUAAAAACCUAUAAUUUAUCGAUAUGGAUUUAGACAUGCCUGAGAUAGGCCUAGCUGAGUUUGGACAAGCCUCAGAUGAAACUAGCUGGAUUUUGAAAAGUCUAAAAUUCAUGUAGAUAAAUUUAGACGGGCCUAAAAUGAUCCUAGCUAGGUUCUGAGAAGCCUGAAAUUUGGAGAGGCCUGAUGUUUAUCUAUAUGAAUUUAGACAAGCCUACAAUUUACCUAGCCUUAUUUUGACAGGCCUAAAACUGGUCUAGUCUUUUUCUUCGGGCCCAUUUCUUUAUCUACAUACUGAACUGUUAGAUUGGCCUAAGCCAAAACUGUUAGAUUGGCCUAAGCUAAGCCUAGGCCUAUCUGAAUUUAGAUAGGCCUAAAUCUGCAAUAAAAUUGAAAAAAUAAAAAAGUUUUGCUAACUUUAGCUAAAAUUUCAUGAGAAAUCUCAACUUUCAGCGAUUUUUCACAAAAAAAACCUUCAAAAAUCAAUACUUUUCAGAAUACCUCGAGAAAAAGUUCAAAACCCUGAUUCCCGAGUUAUCCGAAGUUUCGCUAACUGUCAAAUUCGCCUACCCGAUUCCAUAUACAAAUAAUUCGAUUCAAUUUUCGGUUGAUCAAGUUUUGAUGUUCAAAGACGCGCAAAAAUCGGAAAACGAGUUGGUGAUUUUUGCGAAACCCGAGGAUGAGAAUUUGGAAGUUUAUAAGAUUUUUGAGAUUCGGAAGACACCGUGUAAUUAA